AUGCCUGAUGAGGACAAAAAGUUGAAGAGCACAGAAAAAGCAAUAAAACAAAAGCGUCCUGGGAUCUCUAUGAGGGAUUAUUCUGAUCUAAAAAGGCUUCAGUCUCUCUUAAGUGUUCAGUCAAGGAACCAACAGCUUCCAGCUAUAUAUAUUGAAAGUGGUCAAACCAGUGUGACAAGAACUUGGCAAAAUGUCAAAAGCGAUGAACAGCAGUCCAAUAGUCAAUGGCAAGAAUCAACAGAAACUGUUAAGCUUGAGAAUUUUAUUGUGACCUACAAGAAUGAGAGAAAUUUUAGCAAGCAUCCCAAGUGUCAGCUGUUUCAAGAUAUCUUUACAACUUUAGUUGAGGACAGACUUACCUGCAGACAAUGGGUUAUUCAAGCUCUGUGCAUCCAUCUUCUUAGAGUAUUAAUCUCCCUGAGAUUAUUCAUAAGAGAUCCAUGCUACCAGGAAAUGCUCCACAGCCUGGGUGGAAUUGAAAAUCUAGGUCAGUAUAUGGAAACAGUAGCAAAUAGUUAUCUUAAUUACAGAGAAGAGCAGCAUAAUGUAGACAAGUUGGUCAACCAAGACAGGCUUAAAAUGUUUAAAAUACUUCAGGUGCUUGCUGCUGUUAGAAAUCAAAUAGAAUGAGUUAUAGCAAGUGGAGCACAUUAAACCUUAGUAAAUUUAUUAUCUGCCAGAGACAUAUGCAUUUUUGGUGCCCUCCUUGCUCUGACUAGCUUAGUAGAAUGUCCAGAAUGUAGGGAGGAGAUAAGUGAGACAGUUGAGAAGUUGCUGGUGAUGUUACAUGAACACGAUUUUCUCUCUAACAGGUGAAACUUUGUCACAGCAGAGUUGCUAUGACUCCUUUGUGCAGAGUCACGAGUCAAAGAGCAAAUAAAAAUGAAUGAAGGAGUUCCAGUCUUGCUCAGUUUGCUCCAUUCUGAUCACAUCAAACUUCUAUGGAGUAUAGUUUGGAUUCUGGUACAGGUUUGUGAAGAUCCUGAGACGGUGGAAACUUGGUUCUGGGGUAGAAUCAAGCAGCUCCUUCAUAUGUUACAGGAGGAAAGAAGUCUUGCAUCUGACCUUGUAUCAAACUCUUCAGUUGGAAGUGUAUCUAAUGCAAAUGCAGCAGAGAGAAUCCAGUAUCUUCAUUUGUCAGAUGAGCUGAGUUCUGAUGAGAUACAAGAAAAUUCUUUCUUACUUCAAGCAGCUUGUUGUGCUGCAAUUACUGAACUGAUGAUCAAUGAGACUAAUGCUUACCAGCUUGUACAGGUAGGAAGAUUUUAUUCAGUAAAGGUUAGAAAACAUAAUGGACAACAUCUCCUGGCAAUGAAAGAAGCCAAUUUACACAAUCUAGCAUUUGGAAAGGACAAAAAUGACAGAGAUAGCAGUGUUAAAAAUAUUGUCUCUGAAUUAACCAUCAUCAAAGGGCAGCUUUAUCAUCCAAAUGUUGUAUGGUAUUACAGAACCUUCUUGGAAAAUGACAGAUUGUAUAUAGUGAUGGAGCUCAUGGAGGGGGUGCCAUUGAGAGAACACUUUCACUCUUUGAAGGAAAAGCAACAACAGUUUACAGAAGAGAAAAUAUGGCAUCUAUUUAUCUGACUUUGUCUAGCUCUUCAUUAUUUGUGUAAAGAGAAAAGGAUUGUUCAUUGAGAUCUCACUGUGAACAAUAUCAUGUUGGAGGAUAAAGACAAAGCUACAAUUAUUAAGUGGUGGCUAUUUGGCCUUGCAAAAUGAAGGCAAGAGAACUGCAAACUUGCAUAAGUAGUGAUAGUAAUCCUAUACUCCCGUCCUGAAGUUGUAAAGGGUGAGCUACAUGGAGAGAAGGCUGAUGUGUGGGCUGCAGGAUGCAUCCUUGAACAGAUGGCCACUCUGAGCCCACCAGUUUACAGCACCAAUAUGCCCUCCCCGGCAAUUGAGAUAUCCACAUUUAUAGUAGGGGCUGUGUAUGAACCUGUGCCAGAAGGACUGUACUCUGAAAAAGUCUCAUUUACCAUUAAGAGCUGCUUGACUCCUCAUGCAGAGGCACGUCCAGACAUAGUAGAAGUCAGCUCACUGCUGCCUGAUGUGAUGAUGAAAUAUCUGGAAUUUUUAUCCACCUCUCAUCUCAUGCUGGAGAAGAAACUGGGCUGGGAGAGGAGACGAACCCAGCAGUACUUCAUGGAGGCUUAUUGAAAGGCAGUAACUUAUCACCAUCAACUUCCCAUUUUUUCACAAAAAAAUGAUGAGAAGUUGAGUCUACAUCAUAGCAGCAGUGGAGAGGCCAGUUGCAAAAGUGAAUUUUCAGAAAAUACUAAACUUCCAGUUUACAGUUGUCAGUCUGCACAUGGAAAAGAUGAGGAAAGAACCUAUGAAGCAAUACUGGUAGAGGAUGACUGGACUAUGGAGAAAGGUAGACAUUAGCAAAAGAAGCAUCAGGUAUUUUCUCUGAAUGACAAUGAGAUAGACAUAGUGGACAAUUCAAGCAGCUCCAGUUCCAGUAAUUUGAAAGAGUCUGCUAUUGGUGUAGUUAAACGAAGUUUUUGUGUUUCUGAAAGACAGGCUCAGAUAAGCCAGAGUGUUUCCUCUUUUAUUUCUUCAUCUUUGUUGCCUACUGAUCUGCUUUUAAGAGUACCUUCACUCACCCACAGGCCCCACACUGAGAAACUCAAGUGUUUGUUCAUGAUGAGAUGGCAGUUUCAUAGUCUACCAGUUGUAGCUCUUUGCAAUGUAAAACAUUAUGGUUUUAUUUAUAAUUCGUCGGCAGGAAUUGCUGUAUCACAAAGGAGGGUGCAUCAGAUCAGUGACCCUGUUCAGCAGAUUCUUGUUCAGCUGCACAAAAUUAUCCUCAGCACUAGACUUCCUCCAGCUUUGCAAUGCAACUUGAAAAGGAGAAUUGUUGCGAGAUUCAAGAAGUCCCUCUUCAGUCAGAAGAGCAAUCCUUGUAAACUGAAAUCAGAAAUCAAAAAGGUCUUGCAAUAUGCUGCUGAAUUGAUUGAACUCAAUAUCUUCACAGCAGAUUGGCAUGAGGUACAUCUUUCUUCAGGUGGAAAUAUGCUGCUUCCAGAUGAUGGAAAAGGCAUUCUUGGCACUUCUGGCAUGGCAGAAGAGAUGACAUAUGAGCAGUUGCAGACUCUAAUUGAAGAGGUUCUAGAGGAAAAUGGUUAUUACAGUUUCUCUUUUUACAGGGGAAUUAUCACCAUCUCUGAUUGGCUCAGCCUUGGCCAGCAGCAGUCCUGGAGCCAGUGGGCACUGGAUCUGUUAGACCUGGGAGAAGCUUCUGGCAGCUUCUCACAGAAGCCACUCUUGUAG